CGCCCUGGGCGCGGGUGGAGAGGCAGGGCGCGGCCCGUGCGCCCUGAGCUCGGGACUCGCCACCGCUCUCGGUCGGGGUGGUGCGCGGAGCUCCCCGCGGCCUGGGCGCAGAAAGCCAGCCCCCCGCCGUCGGGCCCGACCUCCGGGCGCCCUCCGUGCGCGCCGCCCGAGCGCCAACUUCCCCAAGAACGCUCCAACUCCGGGCCUCCAACUCCCGCCUCGCCAAAGAGGCGCUGCUUUUGGGGCACCCGCCUCGAGGACGCGCCCUGGUCCAGGGGUGCGAGCUUGCAUCUAUCUAUCUGCUCGGCAGCUCGGGCGCCCCGGAGCGGGCUGUGGGCGCCGCAGACGUUUGUCCUUCCCUCCCGGAGCCCAGGACCUCUCCAAGCCCGCGGUCCUCGCUCUCCCGGAGCCUGCCCUUUGCUUGUUUGCAGGAGCUUGGGCCCCAGCGCCGCCCCGGGGGAGGCAGGCGGUGGGGGUGUGCCCACCCAGAACCUGGUCCCUAGUGUCCACCCACCACGAGAACACGCUACCACCAGGUAGCAGUGACCCCGGAGACCUCUGGCGGCCCUGAGCCAUGGGCCAGAAGCUGUCGGGGAGCCUCAAGUCGGUGGAGGUGCGGGAACCGGCACUGCGACCUGCCAAGAGGGAGCUUCGGGGAGCAGAAGCCGGUCGUCCCACUCGGCUGGACCAGUUACUGGACAUGCCAGCUGCUGGUCAUGCAGUGCAACUGCGACAUGCUUGGAACCCAGAAGACCGGUCUCUCAACGUCUUUGUCAAGGAGGACGACCGCCUGACCUUUCACCGCCACCCAGUUGCCCAAAGCACCGAUGGCAUUCGGGGCAAGGUGGGCCAUGCCCGCGGCCUGCACGCCUGGCAGAUCCACUGGCCGGCCCGGCAGAGGGGCACCCAUGCCGUGGUCGGUGUGGCCACAGCUCGCGCUCCGCUGCACUCGGUCGGCUACACAGCCCUGGUGGGCAGCGACUGUGAGUCUUGGGGCUGGGACCUGGGCCGGAGUCGACUCUACCACGAUGGCAAGAACCGGCCAGGGGUGGCCUACCCCGCCUUCCUGGGGCCCGAAGAGGCCUUCUCGCUGCCCGACUCGCUCCUGGUGGUACUGGACAUGGAUGAGGGCACACUCAGCUUCGUGGUGGAUGGCCAAUAUCUAGGUGUGGCCUUCCGUGGCCUCAAGGGCAAAAAGCUUUACCCAGUGGUGAGCGCCGUGUGGGGCCAUUGUGAAGUCACCAUGCGCUACAUCAACGGCCUUGACCCUGAACCCCUCCCGCUCAUGGACCUGUGCCGGAGAUCCAUUCGCCUGGCCCUGGGCCGCCAGCGCCUGCACGACAUCAGUGCCCUACCUCUACCACAGUCGCUCAAGAACUACCUGCAGUACCAGUGACUGGCCCAGGGUUGCUGGCGGGU